CCGCCUCCCCUCCACUCUUUUGCUUGUCGCGGGGUUAGAAUCCCAUGGUGCUAUCGGCCGAGAUCCGCUUUGGCCACCAGAUCCCCUAUCCCACUACGACACUGACUCCUACGAGGAGGAGGAAGAAGAGGAAGAGGAAGACGAGGAGGAGUUCGAGGGGGUGGAGGGCGGAGGAGAUGGAUGAGGCGACAGUUUCGUCUCCGCUGAUGCUGCCGGCAACGAAGGCCAGGGGAGGAGUGUCCGUGGUCGAGAUGGUGAUGGGGGCGCUUCGGAGGUCGCUCAUGCUGUGCAGCAGCAGCGCCAGCGCCGGCGUGCGCGAGCCGGAGCAGGAGGAGGAAUGGGUGACUCCCCCGGGUGGUAUGCAAAUAGGGGGGCCAACAGAUGUGCGGCACGCCUCACACGUCACCUUCGACCGCUUCAUUGGCUUCCUCGACCUCCCCGCUGACCUCGAGCCCGACGUGCCUCGCCCCGUGCCGAGCGCAAGGAUACGCGGGAAGAAAGCCAAGGUCAAUUUCCGGGACGAAGCGGCGGCAGCAGGUGCUCAGAAGCCAACCGCAACCGCAACUACUCCAACUGCUUGUGCCAGCGCAGCGAGGCUAGGUCCUCCACCGCCGAAGUUCCGUGCUGACGAGGUUUUCGGGAACAUGAAUGGUGGCAACAACGAUCUGUUCAUGAUUAUGUUCACGUUCAGUGACAGUAGUAGUAAGGUCGUUCGUGUGGAGCCAGGUGAGGGCGCCGCCGGUUUCCUCCCCGCAGUGGAAGUGUUGGACGACGAGCCUCUGUUGCCCGGCAGUAAGAGGUCUGCGGCUAACAUGAUGCUGCUCUCCGACCAGAGCAGCGACUCGUAUGGCUCUUGUGACUUGGGGUGGGACUGGGACGAUGACACCAUGACCUCAGACUACGCCUCAGUCUUUGCUCCUGCUGCUCCCAGUAACGUUGUGCCAGCAUGGUACACGCAAGGUGGACCGGUGUCGAAGAGAACGAGGAGCAGCUACGGCUAUGGUGUGGCCAUGCUCCAGCAGGGAGAUGGCGCGCAGGCCAUGCCGGGCGGCUUUGACCCUGAGACGAACUACCAGUACCAGCCGUUGCCUUAUGUCGUCGAGAGCAGCCCGUCGGACGGCGUGUCGACGCACGACAUGGAUUGCCUUCAAAUGAUGCGGGCUGGUGAUGUUCCACAGGAUGGGGCGAGCAGUGGUGGUGGUGGUGGCGGUGAUAUCUGGAGCCUUGACGAGCUGCUCAUGGCCGCUGUCGCUUACUGAGAAAAGCUAUGUGCAUCGCAUGUACUAGACGGUUACUUGUUGUGCCAUGAAUGGAGUGUUUCUCAGCUUCGUUUUGCUUUUAAAUUUUUUUAUUA